AUGGUCACGGAGUGGGAGCCAACAGUGAGCCGUUUGCCCGGCGGAUAUGCAUUUGGGGGUACUGGACCCAUGGGGGAGGUGGUUGGUGAAAGAAACGGCCGCGAUACCGGGGUUGAGCGUGGGUGCACGGGUGCGCAUCAAACAAAAGAUGCAAACCGAUUUACUUUAAUAAGAAGCCGAUUAAAAAAGCUAGGAGUGAUUUUGAUGAAAUUGUACUUUGAGGCUGAAAAGUACCUUUCCGCCAAGGGAGGAGGGCUAAAUACCCAAAUAUUCAACAACAAACACCUUUCCUCCUCUCCAAAACAUAUCUAUGCUCUUGUAUAUUCUACGAUGAGAUACAAGCCGUAUCUCGAAGAGGUGAUCAAAAAGAGCAAAAUACGACAAUCUUCUAAGCUUAAGAAACUCAAAGUGAGCGAUUCACUUCUCUUGUUGCUAGUUCAUGACUUGCUUUUCUCUCCUCGUGGAAGAAUCGAGCUGGGAAAGCAUCCUAUUAAAGAUGCGGUUCUCGAGAAUAAAACCCGACUUCAGGCCGAACUUAUCAAGCUUAAGCUUCGAUACAAGGUCAAAACACUCGCAGACCUUCCCAACACGGUGGAGCAGGACGAAACACCCAUACGAUGGAUACGUAUCAACACAAUUGUGGCAUCUGAGGAAGAGGUGAUGAGAGAAGACUUUUUUGAAAAAUUGAAGUUUGUGGACUCUACAGAUGAAAUUGCAAGUGGCAAGAUAUACAGAGACACGAUAGUCACAAACUUGUACGGUAUACAUCCGUCAGAAAAGAUUACUAAUACUGAAGCUUACAAAAAUGGCAAGAUCAUUAUUCAAGACCGAGCAUCCUGUUUUCCCGCCCAAAUCCUCAAUGGCGACCCAGAAAACCAGCACGAGGUGGUAAUAGACGCCUGUGCUGCUCCUGGCAACAAGACUACUCAUUUGGCGUCUUUUCUUCCUAAAAAUGGAGUAGUACAUGCAUUUGAACGAGACGAUAAAAGAGUCAAGACAUUGAAGAUGAUGACGUCCAAGGCAUUGGGACCCAAUAAGGAUCUCAUUCAAAUCACCCACGCCGACUUUAUGACGAUUAUACCCAGUGAUUUUCCCAAAGUUACAGGAAUAGUUGUGGAUCCAUCGUGUAGUGGCUCAGGUAUAUUUGGACGAGCGUUGGAAGAUGCACAACUGGAACAAGACCGAGAAACCAUAGAUACUGAAAGACUCACGAAAUUGGCCAGUUUCCAGUUUAAAAUCGUCAAGCAUACUAUGAAGUUUCCCGGUGCAAGAAAAAUCGUGUAUUCAACAUGUUCGAUCCACCCUCAUGAAAACGAACGAGUAGUAAUGGAUUUACUUGCAGACCCUGAGGUGAAGGAGCAGGGCUGGAAACUUGCACCCAAGGAGCAAGUGCUUCCCAACUGGCACAGAAGAGGCUGGAAAGACGAAUUUGUUAGCAUGAGCCGAGACCCACAAGUAUGCGAACAAUUAGCAGGAGGAUGUGUUCGGGCGGUUCCAAAGGAAGAUGGCGGCAUUGGAUUUUUCGCAGCAUGUUUUAUCAGGUAG